CAGGCAGACUGCUAUUUGGGUUAACACGACACCCCAGGUUAUGAAGGGCUGGCAGUCCACCCCAGUGUUUGAUCUGCUAUGUGACAGAUUGUAUUUUUCUUGGCGACCACAUCUCUUAUCCCACAUGCUCUUCCUAAGGUGUGAUCCCGGCAUGCAGAGAGGCAGGUCUCCAUUCUCUCCUGAAUCUGGGCAGGCCUGGGCUCUCUUGCAAGUUGUACUAUGCAGUUUCCAUGGGUCAUAAAAGGUGGUAAGAGGUGAGGUAAUUUCUUCCUGGUUCUCCCGAGAUGCUCACUCCUGGAAACCAGCCUGUGGGAAGACCAUGCAGACAGGAAGAGAGGCCCCAGCCCAGAGCCCUGGCUGAGCUCCAGCCAGUGGUCAUUCCCCAACCUGCCAGCAGAUGAAUGAGCCCUUUUGGAAGUGGAUCCUCCCAUCAAGCCAUGGAAGCUGACGCCGAAUGGAGCAGAGACGAGCCUUCUCUGAGGGGCCCUGCAAAACAGCAGGACAGUGAGGGAGGAGGAAACCAGGAGGACCUCACUGAGAGUGUCGCUGAGAGCCCGCAGGGUCAUCACUAGAUUAUUGGCAGCAUCUUUCGGGGCUUCUAGGAGGCCAUGUGUGGGAGCAUACAGGAAAGAAAGGAAGAGUGUUGUUAGAAGCUGGAGAAACGGGGCCCUUCCUAUGUGAUGAAGCCUUCAUCUGGAUUUCAGUUUGAAACCCGCCAAGCCUUGGAAGCAGACACUGCUGGUCUUGGAGAAGAGCUUGAUUUGAGAGUGAGGCUGUAGUGACAAGCAGGUCAAGUGAGGCUGAAGAUGACAAAGACCUGAAGACAGGUGAAGCGAUUUGAAGAGGUUAGUCUGCACUCGAAAGUGUCGGUGACAACUCAACUUGUGAAUUCUCCAGGAAGGCCUGAAAAAGCAAUGGCAACAGUGAAUUCUACCUUCUGGGGACAAAGGGAAGGCAUCAGACCUGAUUUAGUCUGUGGAAGAUCGGCGGACUACAUGGCUGUUCCAGGGAAUUUUGCAAUGCUCGCCUGUUCCACCAUUGUUUUGGGAGGAUUUUUGAGGGCCUAUUUAAAGAAUUCUGAAGUUAUUGUGUUGACAAUCCUUUCCCUAAUUGGGUUUGUGGUGGGACGGCUGGCCUACAAUUUUAUUGAGGUGUUCCAGGUUAUCCACCCUCUUCUCAGAACACCAAGUUUUUCCCUCUUUUGUUACAUUGCACCUUUAAUUAUAUUUCUGGCUGCCUUGGAGGUGGACUUUUACAUCCUCAAGAACGUGCUUUGGCAGGUCUUACUGACCGGAUUAAUCAGCUUCUCUACCACGCUGAUCAUCACUGGCUUUGUGGCCAUGAAACUCAACAAGGAAUCCUGGGACCUGCAGUGCUGCCUGCUGUUCAGCAUGACCAUCGGCCUCACAGACCCCAUCCAUUCUGUGAAGUCACUGAAAACCAUCGGCAUUUCCAAAAUGUACACCGACAUCAUUCGGGGAGAGUCAAUGAUCGUGUGCUGUGUCACGUGCAUCUUUUUUGGAAUUCUUCGGAGCAACUUACCUCACAUGUUGGUGUUAAAGGAGUUCACCAUAAUCAUGGACUUCCUUUUGAGCAUUUCGGGAAGCAUAAUAUUUGGAUACUGGUGUGCCAGAAUCAUUGAGUUUGUAUUGACUGACCUGUUUAGCAACACGCUGACCGAUGUCGUUCUUUGCAUUUCGGUGGUGUACAUGAUUUUCUACAUUGUGGAAUUUUUAAAAAUGUCAGGUAUGAUUGCUUUAGUGACCGUAGGACUGAAUUUAGAUUCCUUAAGCUUUAAACCGAAGAUGGAGUUAAUAAUUACUAAGUUCUUAACAAUGUUUUCAUCUGUAUUCCAACAUGUAAUAUACACUUUCUUUGGCAUUAUAAUUGGAUGCGGAAAACCCACCAAUUUUCAAUUUCACAUCGUAACUUUCACGCUGAUCUUAUUUGUAACACUGAAUUUUGUAAGGUUGUUUACUAUUGUGCUAGUGAGUCCGAUUCUGAUGCAUUCAAAUUACAAAUACAACUGGAAGUGGGGAGUUAUUAUAGCAUGGUCUGGAAUUAAAGGCAUUUUCAGCUUGCUCUUGGCUCCUGAAAUUUAUAAUCUGUCUGAACAGAAAUCCCAGGUGCCAGAAAUGUUUCUAUUAUAUGUACAAAUAAUAUCAUUAAUGACUAUGGGAAUAAACUCAAACAUGAUGACUUAUUUAGCCAAGAAAUUAGGGAUGUGCGCUAUUUCUCUGCCGAGACAAAUGGCCAUGCAAAAUGCCAUUAGCCACAUACAGGAGAUAAUAGAAAACGCAAGAACGUUAUUUAAAACAGAGAAAAUUUUGACAAAUGUUGACUGGACCUUAGUAGAAGAAAAAACGACAAUUAGAUACAGCAUUCCUUCUGGUGCUUGUCAGCUUCUCUCUGUUUCCCAUGGGGAGGAAGAGCAGGAGUCCCCGACAGACGAAGUGUUGAUAGAAGAAGCCAGACUGCAUGUAGCUAUAAUACAGAUGAGUAGUUUUGAAAAACAGUGUCAAGAUGGAAUCCUCGAUAGAAAAGCAGCCCGGAUAUUAAUCGGUGCAACCAAAAGCUAUUGCCCCAUCCAAGGGAAAUUUAUGAGUAUUUAUGAUGUUUCAACUUAUGUAAAAGCUAGAAGUUGGCUUAUCAAGUUUAAAAACAUUUUAACUCUCUUGGAAUAUCGUAAAGAUAAGAUACAUUUUAUUCCAUAUGGGAAAAAUAAAUUUCUGAAAUUUAUAUACCACGUUGUAUUUUCAGAAGAAUUUGAAUAUGCAGGACAUAUCAUGUCAUUAAUAUACAUUUAUCCUAUUAUAACUCAUCUAUGGCCAGUGGCAAGAGAGUUAAAUGUGUUAACACUGAUAUUUGUAAACUACUAUUUUAUAUUUUUAUAUGCAUUGCAGUCAGCAUUGAAGAUAAUAAUUUUGAAAAGGAAGUAUUUUCAUCAACAUUGGAAUACUCUGGAGUUUCUUAUCUUGCUCAUUGGAAUUGUUGAUAUCGUUUGCGUAUACUUCGUCAAAUUCAAACCAGACAACCUAGUUCUUAUUCAGAUUACAGUAGUAAUAGGCUACUUAAGAAUACUUCGAUUUAUUCCUCUCAUUAAGACAAUCAUACCACUGCUGAUACGCGUGGCGGACGUGCAGAUCAAAAAGCGCCUCAGCUUGCUGUAUAGUAUCACCAAAGGCUAUGUCAAAAGUCAAGAGGAUGCCAAGUUUCUAAUAAAACAAAUUUCUGGCCGAGGAUCAAUAUAUCAGAAAUUAUAUGAAAUUUUGGAGAUCAACAAGCGAGAUGCUGUCAGAGAACUAGGCCUCAUAGAGCAUGAGGGACGUGACGUCGUCAUUGCUCUGAAGACCAGGCAGACCAUCCAGACGGUGAUCGCCAAGUCUCUGAAGCACCUCUCCUUCCUUUGGUCAAGGGGCAUCAUCGAUAAGCAUGAAGGCAUCGAGGUGAAUAAGGUACUUCUUUCCAAAAUAAAGGCACUGAACAACUUUCCCAUGGCAAUCCCGCCUCCUACGCCUGACGAUUAUCUCCAUAAGAUCGUUUGGCUGGAAAAUAAAGAGGUCCUCAUUAAGUUCUUCAAGGAAAGAACCAAACUCGCCUAUUUUGACUACGGAGAUGUCAUUUGUAAAGAAGGUGAAAUGCCACAAGGAAUCUACUUAAUCAUUUCAGGAAUGGCGAUCCUGCACAGUUCGCCGCCCACCUUCGGGAUCAGCCAAGCCCUACGCUCAGGCAGAGAGUCCCAAACCUUGUUCACUGAGUUCUUCACGUGUGGGGACAUCAUCGGGGAGCUGAGCUGCCUGCUGAAACGUGAAAUCGAGUACACCGCCAUCUGCGAGACGAUUCUGCAGGCCUGCUUCAUCUCCCUGGAGGAUUUAUACGAAGGCUUCGAUGUCUUCUGGCCAUUCCUGGAGUACAAGAUAUGGCUGAAGCUUGCUCUCAGCACCGCCCACCAGUAUUUUGAAUCGGCUCUCGUCGACGAGGACCUAACGUUUCAAAGGUGCGUGUCGCUCAACGUGGCGUACGUGGAGACAGUAUCCAGCUGUAACGAAAUGACUAUCAACUACACCACCAUGAAGAUGGUGAUUGUCGUGUACGGCAGCGUCAUCGACACAAACACUGAGGCACCGUAUCUGGCACCUUGCAUUUUACCUAAAACCUGUAAGCAGGUUCAGGGAACUUCAGAUUUAAGCAAGCUUCUGGUUAUCCAAGCAUCCGAGUCUGUCGAUGAUAGUAACUCCAAGGUCAUGGGCUCAGUCAACACCAGUCCUCACGUGACCAACAGAGAGUAUAACUGGAAGAAAAAAGAUGAGUCGGAAACUGGAUUCCAUUACAGAAAACGAUACUAAUGGUGCUAAUGUGAUAAGUGAAGUCGGUACAAGACCAAGCCAGCAUCCUGGCUCGAGGGCUGAAGAAUCAUCUGAUGAGAAGUUUACUUAGAAGCUGCUGAAACCGUUCACGGCUGCAUUGAUUUUAUAAGCAGUUGAUGGGCUGCUACAAAAGUUCCACUUUGAAGUAGUCGCAUUAUCCCUGAGCUGUUUAAAGAUUCUUCAGGAUGCGGUAGCCCCAAACUCAUGGCCUACCAAGUGAGACGCUGCAUUCAGCCAACAGCAAGUUUUAGUAAAACAAGUUGUUAAAAGCAUCAUACAAUAUAUUGCCAUCUGAAGCAUAGAAUCCAUCAUUUUGAUUUGUGAUAUUGCUAGAAUUAGUGCCCUGCUAACAUUUUCCAGAGUAAAGUUUACUCCCUUCCUCCCCAAUUUAGUAACUAUUGAAAAACAAAAAGGAACGAUGUCCCAUAAUCUUAGUUACUGAGAGCAAAGUUGAGAAAUUAACAGUCUUACAUUGCAUAGUACUGUUUGACACUUUUUGUUUUAUUUUUAAAAGUCAAAUAAAGUUGGA